CUUCUUUUCUUUUUCCCCUCUUUCAUAUCUAAUUCACCACUUUCUUUCGCAUUUGCCCCAGAGAAGUGACUUCAGAGAAUGGCCAACACUGCAACUAUCGCGCCGUCGGGCGGAAAGGCGGCUCCCAAGCCUGGCAAGAAGAACGACACCUUCAACAUGAAGGACAAGCCGACGCAGGUGCGUCUGAGCAACAUUACAGCAGCCAAGGCCGUCGCUGACGCUAUCCGCACAAGUCUUGGACCGCGCGGCAUGGACAAAAUGAUCGAGACCGGUAAGAAGGAGGUGGUGAUCUCGAACGACGGCGCGACGAUCCUCAAGCACAUGUCGGUUCUGCACCCCGCAGCGCGCAUGCUGGUUGAUCUGUCGGCGGCGCAGGACGUCGAGGCUGGAGACGGCACAACCUCGGUGGUUGUGCUUGCCGGAAGCCUUCUGUCAGCAGCUGAGAAGCUGUUGCAGAAGGGUGUGCACCCGACGCAGAUUGCAGAGGGCUUCCAGUACGCGGCCAUCGAGGCUGUCAAGAUCCUGGAAGACAUUUCGGUGCCCGUCAGCCUCGACGACCGCGCGUUCCUGCUCAAGAGCGCGACCACGUCGCUGAGCUCCAAGGUUGUGUCGCAGUACUCGAGCAUUCUGGCGCCCAUCGUCGUCGACUCGGUGCUGCGGGUGGUAGAUCCGGCGGCUGACAGCAACGUGGACCUGAACGACGUACGCAUUGUCAAGAAGGUCGGCGGCACUAUUGACGACACCGAGCUUGUGCCUGGAGUUGUCCUGCACCAGAACGUGAUCACAUCCGCCGGUGGCCCGACGCGUGUCGAGAAGGCCAAGAUCGGCCUGAUCCAGUUCCAGCUGUCGCCACCCAAGCCCGACAUGGACAACCAGGUCGUGGUCAACGACUACCGCCAGAUGGACCGCAUUCUGAAGGAGGAGCGGAACUACCUGCUGAACCUGGUGAAGAAGAUCAAGAAGGCCGGGUGCAAUGUGCUUCUGAUCCAAAAGUCGAUUCUGCGCGACGCCGUCAACAGCCUGUCGCUGCACUUUUUGGCCAAGCUCAAGAUCAUGGCGAUCAAGGAGGUCGAGCGCGAGGAGAUUGAGUUUAUCUGCAAGGCCACUGGCUGCAAGCCCAUCGCCGAUAUCGACUCGUUCUCGGAGGACAAGCUGGGCUACGCCGACCUUGUCGAGGAGGUCGAGUCGAAUGGCUCGCGCAUCGUGCAGAUCAGCGGUAUCAAGAACGCCGGUCGCACCGCCUCAAUCGUCAUGCGCGGCGCCAACCAGUACGUGCUGGACGAGGCCGACCGCUCCGUUCAUGACGCGCUGUGCGUGAUCCGCUGCCUCGUCAAGAAGCGUGCCCUGGUUGUCGGCGGCGGUGCCCCCGAGAUCGAGAUCUCGCAGCGUCUGUCGGCGAUUGCCAAGCAGCGCACUGGCUUCCAGGCGAUCUGCUUCCAGGCGUUCGCCGAGGCCAUGGAGGUCAUUCCGACCACGCUGGCUGAGAACUCGGGUCUCAGCCCCAUUGCAAUCGUGACGGAGCUGCGCAACCGCCAUGCGAAUGGCGAGAAGACCGCCGGAAUCAAUGUGCGCAAGGGCAUAAUCUCAGAUAUGCUUGAGGAGAACGUCAUCCAGCCGCUGCUUGUGUCAACCAGCGCCGUCGAGCUGUCGUCGGAGACUGUGCGGAUGCUGCUCAAGAUCGACGACAUCCUGGCUGCUCGUUAAGGAAAGAACUACGUAGAGCUCUUUUACCAAAAUCAAAAUACAGACAUCUCUACAUCUA